AGCUAAGAUCCGAAGUUUCUUUGACAUCAAAAACACAAACCCGGAAAGCUAUUCCUCUGCCAUUUUCGAUUCUUCUAAGCCCUAGCUCUAAGCUUCUCUCUCAAAUCCACCAUGACUAAGCAGCACGCGAACUGGUCUCCUUACGAUAACAAUGGAGGAACAUGUGUGGCCAUCGCUGGAUCGGAUUACUGCGUUAUCGCCGCCGAUACUCGUAUGUCUACUGGUUACAGUAUUCUUAGUCGCGAUUACUCAAAAAUCCAUAAACUAGCAGACAAAGCUGUGUUGUCUUCCUCUGGCUUUCAGGCUGAUGUGAAAGCAUUGCAGAAGGUUCUUAAAUCCAGACACUUGAUCUAUCAACAUCAGCAUAACAAGCAGAUGAGCUGUCCUGCAAUGGCCCAGCUUCUCUCCAACACGCUUUAUUUCAAGCGGUUUUUCCCCUAUUAUGCAUUUAAUGUUCUAGGAGGUCUUGACGAAGAAGGAAAAGGGUGUGUCUUUACUUACGAUGCUGUUGGAUCAUAUGAGAGAGUUGGAUACGGUGCUCAAGGUUCUGGUUCCACACUCAUCAUGCCUUUCCUUGACAACCAGCUCAAAUCUCCAAGUCCUCUGCUGCUACCUAAACAGGAUUCGAACACACCCCUUUCAGAAGCCGAAGCAGUUGACUUGGUUAAAACUGUUUUCGCAUCUGCCACAGAGAGGGAUAUCUACACUGGAGACAAGCUUGAGAUUAUGAUACUUAAGGCCGAUGGCAUCAAGACUGAACUCAUGGACCUGAGGAAAGACUAAGCUCCUUCCGUGCAUUUAGCCAACCAUGUCCUUCUGUUUUGUUAUUUGUCACUUCAACAUUAGGCUUCCAGAGUUGUAGAACUCGUAUGAACUGCUGUUGGAUCUGAUACUUCACAGUUAAAAUCAUGACUCGUAUCUGAAGUUUCUCCAAAACUGUGUUUCCUUUUGUAUGAAUCACUGAAGUCCAUGUGUUCAAACACUAUUUCUCUCAUU